GGGCGCCCCUUCCCCGCCGAGGAGGGCCGCGGGCUGGCAGAGCGCGUCCCCAUCCUCCGGCGCUCCCGUCCGCAGUGCCGCAUCGACAUCCCGGACGUGCCGGCGGAGACGGUGUACGACGUGCUGCACGACAUUGAGUAUCGCCGAAAAUGGGACACCAACGUCAUCGACACGCAUGACAUCGCCCAGGUGGCUGCCAACGCGGAUGUGGGCUACUAUGCCUGGCGGUGCCCGAAGCCCUUAAAGAACAGGGAUGUGGUGACGCUGCGGUCCUGGCAGGUUCAGGAUGGGUAUCAUGCCAUCAUCAACUUCUCUGUCAAACACCCGAAAUACCCUCCACGCAAGGAUCUGGUAAGGGCAGUGUCUCUCUUAACGGGAUACCUGGUGCAUUCAACUGGGCCCAGCAGCUGCAGCCUGACUUACCUGGCUCAGGUGGAUCCGAAAGGGUCGUUGCCGAAGUGGGUUGUAAAUAAAGCUUCCCAGUACCUGGCACCACGGAUGUUGAAGAAAUUGUACAAGGCCUGUGUGAAGUAUCCUGCCUGGAAGCAGCAGCAUGAUGUAAGCCUGAAACCCUGGCUGUACCCCGAGCAGAACAAGCUUCCUCCCUUGGAGCUGUCAGAGCUGGUGCUCCAGCAUGCUGCCUCGCUGGAGAACAUAGAUGAGAGCAGCCUGUCCGAAGUGAAGGAAGAGAGGGGUGACCACAGUGGCUCAGAGAACUGAUGCUGCUUCCAUUGCUGUGGGGAGAAACACUAUGUGAUGCUGCUCAGGCUCAUCUUCGUGCUUUAUAUGAAAAGGACGGGUAGGGGAACGUUUAAAAAAAUAUAUAUAUAUAUCUCUGGGGUGGUAGCUUUUCCUCUCAUGAAAUGACUCGGUGGAUCCUAGCACACUGGACCUGUUCAGAGACUGAAUGGGGCCAGGAGCACGCGGGCUGCCUGUACUGUCCUGGUUGUGCCAUGCUCAGGGAAAGGAGGAGUUGUACAGUACAUUUCUCAAGUGUAAUCUGCUGUGCCUUAACACAAUACAGCUUGUUCUGGGACUGUUGCUGUUGCUCCAAAAGGUCAGGUUACCUGCA